AUUCGCAGUGCUGUCGGGAUAGUACCGACCCCACAAGACGUCGCUUUCGGUUAGGGGUUUUUAAUUCUAAAUGUUUUAGUGAAGUAUCAACAGCUUAAUUAUGUAAUAAAGACAAACGAGUAACGAUUGAAAAAAAAUACAUUAUAGCUGUAGAUUAUGAGGUUUGACGAAGCAAAAAAGCAGCAUCUAACUCUAGCUCGAGUUUCUGUGACGAACAUGCCGCAGAUCUCGUGGGUGUUACACAAGUGAUCACAUUCCAAACGGUACUGUAAUUACUUUCUGUUUGAACUGUCGUGGCGUUUGAGAAGAAAACUCAGUUCAUUGCUUUGGCAAGAUCUGUUAUAUGAAACGCAAUGACUUGAACAAGACACAGGAACAAGAAGCAUUCCACUCCUUAUGUACUCACUAUGAAAGGUUCAUUUUUUGAUUAUUUAAUCAAAUCAUGAGGCUUCAGCACAGUUUUAAAGGAUUUGUAAUCAGUCCCUUUCUGUUUCUUUUGGUUCAGUUUUUGAUUAUUUAUGAAAUCAUGAGGCCUCAGCAAAAUUUUAAAGGAUUUGUAAUAAUUCUUCCCUUACUGUUUCAUUUGGGAACUGGCCAACAGGUCAGGAAUAUUUCCAUCAAGUGUCACUCCUUCAUGCCUGCUUUUCUGGAAGCCAUAAACCAACUGAAAAUGCUGAUAAUAUUGCAGUCAUUCAUCAAGAAAGCAUUUGCUUGUGAGCCAGCUGAAUAUUUCAUACAAGGAGAAUGCUGCCCAAUGUGUUCAUCAGGUAGCAGAGUAUAUAAGCAUUGCACUGCAGACUCUAGUACAGUAUGUGUCCCCUGUGUAGAUAAAACUUAUACUGAUCACCCAAAUGGCCUACCUGAAUGUGAAGUAUGCAGAGAUUGUGAUGAAGGCCUUGCACUUAUGAAAAUUCAAGAAUGUACACCAACAUCCAACACAAUAUGCAGUGUUUUGCCUGGGUAUUUCUGCAUAGGAUAUUCUGGUGGCAGCUGUACUAUUGGCCAGAAACAUCAAAGUUGCAGUCCAGGACAGUUUAUCUCAAGAAAAGGAAAUGCAAAAGAAGACACACAGUGUGAAGACUGUCCAAAAGAUACAUAUUCAAACGGAACAUUAACUAAGUGCAAGCAACAUACCAGCUGUAAGUCUCUAGGAUUAAAAGAAAAAAACCCUGGAACACGUGCAAUGGAUGCUGAGUGCUCAGAACACUCUAAUACAGCGGCCAUUGUGACUGGUGUAAUUGUUCUUGCAAUUAUACUGAUUAUUGGAGUUAUCAUUUUUUUGAAAAAGAAGAAUAUACACAAAGGUUUACAUAAUUUACUCCAUAAACCUCAGCAAGAAACAAACCAAGAAAGAGUAGCAGUGCAUGUGUCUGCAGAUACUGAACAAGCUAUGCCAAUAAAUCGAUGAACAUCAAAAGCUUAGCUCUAGCUACCAAUAAAACCUAGCGAGAGGACCCAGGAAGGAAGAACGAUGAGAUAAAGACAGCUCAAGGAUGGAAGAAGGGAAAAGACUUGUUAGCUCUCAGCUGACUUAAAAAUAAGUGAAGCAGAAAAAUAAAGAUAAUUGACAGAAAAUAAGAAAUAUUGGUAGUUUUAAUAAAAGUUCAUUAGGCCUGCUGCAGAUGGGGAGUCAUAUAAACUGUGAUUUUUUAACUGUUUGGGGCUCAGUUUGAUUUGGCCGAAUUAGGUUGUGUCCGUGUUAUUGUUUAUUGCAAUAAAACAAUAAACUCUGUUUGCCCAUCCUCUUGACUCCUGAGAGCCUUCAUUCCGGGUGAAGACCUUCGGUGCGUAUUUGCGCCGACGAUUUUCUCUUCGUCACAGCCAGCAUGGGUUUUUGAGGGGGGUGGUCCUGACAAACACAUUUUUUAGAUGUUAUUGAAGAAGCAAUCGGAAUAGAUGACAAAAAAAACCAUACAACAUAAUUGACCUUGACUUUCAAAAAGAAUGUGAUACAGACCCACACCAAAGAUCAAUUCUGAAACUAGAAGCUGUUGGCAUCAGAUGUAAUCUAGAGAACUGGAUAUCAAGUUGGUUAAAUAGCAGGAGAUAAAGGGUGCAAUAUCAGGAGAAUGCUCUACAUGGAGGAAGGUAAUCACUGGAGUCCCUCAGGGGUCAGUCCUUGAACCAUUACUUUUUGUGAUUUAUAUUAAUGACAUUGAUUCUGGUAUAUGUAGUAAACUUGUAAAAUUUUCAGAUGACACUAUAAUUGGAGGGAUGAAAGACACAGAGGAGGCAGCAAAAAGAAUUCAAUAUGACCUGGACACCCUUCAGAACUGGGUGAAUACUUGGAAAAUGCAGUUUAUUGUAGAAAAUUGCAACCUGCUACAUGCGGGCAAAGGGAACACCAGUUAUAAAUACAAGAUGAGAGACGCUGUCAUAUAGGAAGCAACCUCUGAAAAGGAUUUGGGGGUGUCUGUUGAUGCAACAUUUUCUUUGACAAAACAAUGCACAGAAGAAACUAAAAAAGCAAAUAAAAUGUUAGGUUUUAUCAUAAAAACUGUUGAAUUUAAGUUAUGGGACCUUAUGCUUACUGCAUCUGAUGCAUUUUGUGCAGUGCUGGUCACCACGAUACAGGAAAGACACAGCAGCACUUGAACCUGUGCAGAGGAAAACAACCACGUACAUCCAAGGAUUAAAGGUCAUGUCCUAGUCUGACAGUCUCAGAGAAUUAAACCUGUUUAGCCUCAAGCAGAGGAGACUGCGUGGGGACCUAAUCCAGGUAUUUAAAAUCCUCAAAGGCAUUCAUAAAGUAGAUCCAAAAACAUUCUUUCAGUUUAAAGGUGAAUCACGUGUUUGAGGACACCAGUGGAAAUGAAGGGGAAGUGCACCCCCUGUGCUCCAAAUAGAAAAUAAAUUAAAUGCAACCAAUUGUAUUUCAAAAAGUUGUAAGUCAUCUUGAAUAAGGUAUCACCCAAAUGAUAAGUAUUAAUAAUGUAAUACUGAAUGGAGGGAAAUUUAUUUUUUGCUUUU